AUCAGAAAAGCAGUGAAGAUUUCAAAGAUAUCUAAAGAACACAUGCUAAUAAAACAGCAUAAGCAAGUGUGGUGGCAGGAACACCAAAGGCUAAAUGAAGCCAGAUGUAAAUUGGAAUCUGAAAUAAAAUCUUUUCUCAAUGAAGAAAACAUUGGAAAUGACUGUCUUUGUGACCUUAGGAAUUUUGAACAAGAGUUAUCAGAACAAUGGUGCACCUAUCUUAAAAAUGUGAUACUUCCUACUGAGCAGCUGAGAACAGAUCUGAAGUACAGACAGUUUCCCAUUCUCCAGCAUGCACAGACUCAUGUGGAGUUUAACUCUGUGACAGUACUGGAGAAGAUUGGCUUUGUGAAGAAACAGUUGAAUGCUGUCUUUGAAAGACUUAACCUGGAGCAACAAAAGGUAGAAAAUGAACUUUUGGACAGCAGAAUGGGAGUAAGUAUGAAGCAGUUAGAUUAUUCUUUAGAAGAAAAAACUAACCUACUCAGUGAACAGCCUGUGGAAUUAGAAAUGUUGGAGUGCCCAUACCCUGAUUUGAAAUCUUCAGUCCUUAAAGAGUUUUCUAACUUCACAGAGAAAUAUCAGAAGAAACUUCAAGAUUUUGAUUUGCAGUUAGAAGAUAUUCACAGGUGA